AUGCACCUAUCUUUUAUAAACGAUAAAUCUCCUUCAAGAAUUAUAAAAACAAAACAAGGAUGCGAAAUAAAAUUGAAACGUAUGACUGAAAGUGAAAAAUAUAUUCGUAAAUCUGCUCUUUCAUCGUAUGAAGCAACAAGACCUACGAUAAGCUCUUUGCUUCGUCCGAACAGAAUGGUUGAAAUUGGAAAAUGUAAUUUGGUAUUAGUUCCAUCUGAAAGAUAUCUUAUUAAUGGAAAAGUAGAUGGUGGCUUAAAUGAACAAUGGUUAGAGCUGUCACCUAAUGUUAGGUGCUAUCUCGACGCUGUUGUCGUUAAUCUAUUCUAUCAUAUUAGGAGGCUUAAAUUUUGUCGUAAUUAG